GUCCGGUCUGUCUGAGGCAUGCCUAUAUUGUUUCGAAUCUCCAGCAGUUGCAUUUGCCUCCAGCCGAGACACUGCGAUUUUGCCAAAAUACUUUCGACCGUCCGCAGUUAUGCCGAAAGGGGCUUCAAUUCACUCUGAAUGAAAGUGGUCCGAUUCCUGCGUCAUACGCACACGACCGCGGCAGAGCGUCCACAUCCACCUCCACGGUUACUCAGUGAGCUGCGAGGAUGAGUGGCCUGCCCGCGCACGGAAAAAAGCAGACCACUGGCCGAGAUGACGAACGGAGGCUGUUUCCCACUUACGAGAAGAGCUCGAAUGCCGUGCCCAUCAUCCCAGGAGCUACGUUUCAUACACCCAAGAAGGAUUUGCAGAGAUUUGCGUCGUUAAGACCUGUAGACAAGAUUUCGAGCGGUCAUAGUAAUAUCCGACAAAGUGAACCGGUUCGUGCGGCUGGAAGAUCAAGAAAACUCGCUAAUCCGGAAACGAACUUGAGAGGCUAUGCGGCAAACCGUGAAAAGGGUGUCUCGCAUGUGGAGAAUUCAGAUAUCGAAGAACUGCCUCCUAGGCCUCCUAAGCGUCGGCGCCGAGACGGCUUAACUGCAAACUCGAUGGUGGAGAACGAGUCUGUGGCGACAUCACCCGUUACUCGGCGCUCACCCCGUCUGUCUUCGCCUUCUUCUUCUCUGUUAUCGGUGAAAUCAAAAAGGGGGCCUUCUGCUCAGUUAGAAGAAUACCGGGAGGUAGAGAGAAGAGUGACUUCGCAUCGGCCUCAAAACAAGCCCAGGUUUAAUCAUCAGCGGCCUUUCUCUUUUGGAGAUGAUUCCGACGAGGAUUGCUUUACACGAAAUGCCGGAAAGCAGAGGCGCUCCAUGGGGCAGAAUAUACAUGUCGAAGUGUUGUCCGACCCUGAGCGACCAGUCAAGUCUCCCAAACAUGGAGUCCUGCAAAGUGUGGAAAUUCCUCACCGGAACACUGCUUGUGAAAAGAAUUCGGUGCUGUCACCAAUUCAAACGCCAUCUGUUAUCCAUGAUCACAGGCGGCGGCUCUCAGAUGCGAGGGAGAGUCCUGAUGAACUGCAGGGUGAAGCAACCGUUGGACCUGUUCCCAAAACAUUGGACGAAGCCUGUAAGGCAGACUCCAGGAGCCCCGAAGUUGCACGUAAAACGGAAGUAGAUAUCUAUGUUCAGCCGUCGACGUCCGACAUUUGGCGAGAGGCUUCCUCAGGCCGUCCCAGACGUGAGAAGUCAAGACACAAAGACGCGGGUCCAGCGAAGACCGGUCUCCACAGCCGAUUAUUCGAAGCUUCUUUAUUCCGCUUUGGGACUGUGGAGCGACGUUCUUCUGAUGGGGGGCCCAUUGCAAUUUAUGUCAACGAUAAUGAUACUAUUGGGCUUGCUGAGCCGGACAACCAACUUGAAGGUGCAUCGAUUUCACUUCAAAAGGUUCGAGAGGUAGUUCGCGGGUUGAGCGACAGUCAUAAGAUUAGGUUGAAUCUCUCAAGCUCCUCAGGGACUGCUAGGCAGAUGGACAUAGAAUUGUCCACAAUUAAAGACAAGGACGAUCUCUGUUCCAUAUUUGCAGGGCAAGAUGUGAAAGUGCAAGAUAAGCCCGGUGAAUGGAUGGACAAGUCCUUCAAGAAAAGUAAAAAUGAAAUGCGAUCCAUUCGUUAUUCCAAUGGGGUGAAACGACCUUGCUCUGAAAAUAUUCCGGAUUCGCUCCCCCAGCCUAGGGUUGAAGUGACCAAACGCCCGAAGCUAUCUGCUUCCCUUCAGAAUGACUCUUAUAACACUACUGUCGAACCAUCAUCCACGUUGAAUCGAACUCCUUGCGACUCUCAAAACCCCCAGGCGUCUCCUGAUUUAGCAAAGGGGACUUUCGAUCCUGGCCCUCAUAGCCACCCUCCUCGAAAUGAUUCUGAUAGUGGGGUCGAAAUUCCAGUGAAGAAGUCCAUUCCAGAUUCAGCCCAUUUUCGACGGACCAGGUCCGCGAAACGCCGUGGCCCGUCAACUUUCGUCUGUAGUGAUGAUGACGACAAACAGGCCGAAAAUGGUAAGGGUGAAUCUCAGCAGAGGUCUGAUGUCGGCAACAAAAAACAGAAGUGGCAAAAACCACUUGUCUAUCCGCGCUUUGGGAAGAAAAAGGCAGAAAUCGACUAUAAUGAUCGUGAACGACUACGAGAUAAUGAGUUUUUGAAUGACAAUCUGAUCGGAUUCUACCUACGUUUCCUCGAGGAUCAUCUGCAACGCACAAAUCAGGAGGUCGCGAAGAGAGUCUAUUUCUUCAAUUCUUAUUUCUUUGCGACACUCACGAACCUACCCAAGGGGAAACGAUGUAUCAACUACGAAGCAGUUCAGAAAUGGACCCGAAAUGUCGAUAUCUUCAGUCACGACUAUGUUGUCGUUCCCAUCAAUGAAGCUGCGCAUUGGUAUGUCGCAAUAAUAUGCAACUUGCGGGGUCUGUUGCAAUCAUCUCGCGAGAAUGUGGAGUCUCGAAAACCCUCUGCCGAUGAAAAUAGACAUCCGCAGGUCGCAACUGAGAAAAGCGAUGGCCCCGAUACAUCAGAGUCCCUUGCUGAGGAGCCAGCUGCGAAUGCAAAUGAGGAGGUAACUCGCCAGUCGCUUGCUUCCAUGACUCUCUCUGACAAGGUGGCCACGGAAGCUUCUGAUAAUGCUAAGAGGGAAGUUUCCGCUGCGGACGAGGAUUGGCCCGGGGACAGCGAGAAUCAAAAUUCAUCUCCCACGGUUUUUCCGCCCCAUGAGAAUUUAAUCGAUAAAGAAAACUCCAAGGAGCAAGCUGAACCUACGGUAUUGCCACGGCAGAUCCGGAAAGGGAAGAAAAAGGGACGAAAUACGGGCGCGAUUGAUCCUUCCCAACCGACCAUUAUCACAUUUGACUCGCUUAAUUUAUCCCGCCAAUCAACAGUUAAGGCCCUUAAAGAGUAUCUUUAUGAGGAGGCCAAGUCGAAAAGGGCAGUUGAAAUCGACGUCAGUUCGAUACGUGGUUUCAAGCCUCGGGCUAUACCGUUGCAAGACAAUUACUCGGAUUGUGGGCUGUACCUGUUGGCGUACAUUGAAAAAUUUGUCCAAAAUCCGGACGCCUUCAUUAGAAAGUUACUCCUGAAAGAAACAACCUCAAGCGUUGGCUGGCCUGAUUUAAAAUCCGGGCACCUUCGCCGUCGGCUUCGCAAGUUCCUUGACGAUCUAUAUGACGAGCAGGAGCGGGUCGGCCAGAACAAGGACAAUGAGAAGAAUACCUUGGCGGAUCAGAAACAAAUUUCUUUUCUCCUAGGGCCACCUGAACCCAAUCGAUGUGAAAUUGGGGAAAGAUUAAGUCCUAAAGAAACGCCACCCAACGAUGCUCCGGAGAAGCAUGAAUCUAAGACUGACAGACUUCCCAAGCAAACUGAUCAGAAAGAGCCGCUUCUGGAAGAGCGACCAGGUACUGCUGAUCAGUCGUCGAAGGAAGUGACAACAGGCAACUCUAAUCGUACACAAGACCAAGAAACGGGCUAUACCCACAAUAUCCGGUCGGAGCCGGAGCCAGCACCGCGUCCAGAAGUCUCCGCUACAAAGCAGGUGUCCGAUCUGGAGGUCGUCGAGGUUCCUGACAGUCAAGAACCUAGCCAUGGUCAGUUGGACUCGUUAUCUCCCAAAUUCAAUCAUCAUACCAAGGCUAGCUGUCAGCCAGAUACGGUGGUUGACCUGGAAGAGAACGGUCCGGUGGGAAAGGAAGAUGCAUUCGAUAUCGAGAGAAAUGAUAAUGCUUCUGGGUCGGAAAAGAGAGCUAUUCGAGACAGCACCCCUGCACAAAAGUCGGUUGAGGUAUGCAUACCUGAGACGCCUCCAUCCUCGGAGGUUGCACAAGACUCCCCUCGGAGGAGUCCAAAAUAUUCGAAGGAUAAAAAUUAG